AUGGAACCCAAUUCAGCAGCAACAACCCAUGAAAAUGGAAACCGAAACCAUGGAAAGCAGCAUCCCAAAUUCGCCCUCCCGGUGGACACAGAGCACAAGGCCACGAAAUUCCCACUCUACAAUUUCUCCGCACCACACAUGCGGGCCUUCCAUCUCUCCUGGCUCUCAUUCUUCGCCUGCUUCGUCUCCACUUUCGCCGCGCCUCCUUUACUCCCAAUCAUCCGUGACAAUCUCAACCUCACCGCCGACGAAAUCGGGUACGCCGGCAUCGCCUCCGUCACCGGCGCCGUCGUCGCUCGCAUCGCAAUGGGUGCCGCCUGCGACACGGUGGGGCCCCGGCUCGCCUCCGCUUCCCUCGUCCUGAUCACAGCUCCGGCGGUGUUCUUCACUCCCACGGUUUCCUCCCCUGUUUCGUUCGUCCUCGUCAGGUUCCUCACCGGCUGCUCCCUCGCCACUUUCGUCUCCACCCAGUACUGGAUGAGCUCCAUGUUCUCUUCUCUGGUCGUCGGGACCGCCAACGGGGUCGCCGCCGGGUGGGGGAACCUCGGCGGCGGAGCCACCCAGCUCGUCAUGCCCUUCGCCGUAACCCUAAUCCGCCGCUCCACGGGGGCGGCCAAAUUCACCGCCUGGAGGAUCGCUUUCUAUGUCCCUGGUCUGUUCCAGAUGCUGACGGCCUUCGCCGUCUUGAUCUUUGGCCAGGACUUGCCCGAUGGGAAUUUCCGGCGGGUGGAGAAUUCAGGGGACGAAAUCCCCCAAAUCCUGUUCCAUGGAGUUAGGAAUUACAGGGGAUGGAUUCUGGCUCUGACUUAUGGGUACUGCUUCGGGGUGGAAUUGACGGUGGAUAAUGUGAUUGCCGAGUAUUUCUACGACCGAUUCAACUUGGACCUCCAGACCGCCGGAAUGAUUGCGGCGAGCUUUGGAUUGGCGAAUUUAAUUUCCCGGCCAGGGGGAGGGCGGUUGUCCGAUGAGGUGGCGAAGAGGUUUGGGAUGAGGGGAAGGCUGUGGACUCUAUGGCUCGUUCAGACUUUAGGCGGCGUUCUUUGUGUAAUUUUGGGUCGGGUCAAUUCAUUGGGAGGCUCCAUUGUUGUCAUGAUCCUCUUCUCAUUCUUCUGCCAAGCUGCUUGUGGCCUAACCUUUGGAGUCGUACCCUUUGUCUCCAAAAGGUCGUUAGGGUUAAUCUCGGGCAUGACGGGAGGAGGGGAACGUGGGAGCGGUGAUAACUCAACUGGCAUUCUUCAAAGGGUCAAAAUAUUCCAAGGAGACUGGAAUCACAUACAUGGGAAUAAUGAUCAUUUGUUGCACUCUCCCUCUAUGUUUGAUCAACUUCCCGCAGUGGGGUGGUAUGUUUUCGUCCGCAUCCUCGUCUGCCACCGAAGAGGAUUACUAUAUGGCUGA